CGAAAGUAGCUCGCCAGCCUUGUACUUUUUUGCUGUCUGCUACAAAAGUUCUCAUCUCAUAAACUUGUGUCUUAAAUUAUCAAAAAAAAAGAAAAAAGAAACAAUUCUCAAUUAAAUAAAUAUUUAUUUUCAUUUCCUUUACUUUUGAUAAAUAUGCCAAAAAUAAAUUAUCGAUGGAAAGGAAGAAUAGUGUCGAAAAAAAUGUACGAGAAAAAGAAGAAGUGGAGUGAAAAUUUAGGGAAAAAAAUGCCUAAGAAAUCAUCAAAUUUGGUGGGAAAAGAAAAAAGUGAGGUUAUGUUGGAGCAGGAACAAAAAUUCGAUGAGUGUAUUAUAAAGCAAGAAAUUCAACCGAAACUGAAAAUUGAAGUUAAUCAAGAAACUGAUCAGCAGCCAACACAAUCGACAGAAUUUAUAUUAAUUAAACAAGAAGAAUGUUGUCAAGAGGAAGAGAAUGAGAAUUCCUUGGCAGAAACUGAAGAAAAACAGGUGGAACCCGACUAUUUGAAUGGUCGACGAAUAGUAGAAUUGAAAUUUCUAGCAAAAAAAAUGUGGUGUUGCUCAUGCAAGGAAGCAUUGUCGUUUCAAUUCAUCGAGACUGAAGUGCGUCGCGGUUUUGGUUCAACUUUAAGAAUUCGCUGCCACAAGUGUUCCAUUCGGAAUAUAGUGACAACUGGAGAAGAAUAUUCACUGGAUCAAAGAAGAAAUACUUCUCGUUUCAAAAUUAAUGGCGAAGUAGUAAAGGGCGCACAUGAAAGUGGAAUAAAAUAUACAAAUUUGAAAAAAUUCUUUAGACAUCUUAAUAUUCCAUGCCUUGAUGCAAGUUCGUUUAAGAAAUAUAGAAAUGAAUUAAAAAUUUCUGAGCUAAAGUGACGCGAAUUAAGUAUUAUUUUGUAAAAAGUAUUGAAAAAAAGAAUAAUUACUAAUGUGUUAGAUUAAAAACAAAGUUGAUAAUAAAAAUUUUUUGUUUCAUAUUAAA